AAUCAUUCCAAUAUUUCAAGUGAGAGAAAGAAAACAAAGAAAAGAAAUCGUCAGCUUAGGCUCUCCGAACAGACAAAAACGAAAAACCCUCUUUGCAAAAUUCAGAAUGGCUAACAGCAAUUUACCUCGAAGAAUUAUCAAGGAGACUCAACGGCUUCUAAGCGAACCAGCCCCAGGAAUAAGCGCAUCCCCAUCAGAAGAGAAUAUGCGGUAUUUCAAUGUAAUGAUUCUUGGCCCAACACAGUCUCCUUACGAAGGAGGAGUUUUCAAGCUGGAAUUGUUUUUACCCGAAGAGUACCCAAUGGCUGCUCCCAAGGUUCGCUUCCUUACCAAAAUUUACCAUCCUAACAUCGAUAAGCUUGGAAGGAUAUGCCUAGAUAUUCUUAAAGACAAAUGGAGUCCUGCUCUUCAGAUUCGAACUGUACUUUUGAGCAUUCAAGCACUUUUGAGUGCUCCAAACCCAGAUGAUCCACUCUCUGAAAACAUAGCAAAGCAUUGGAAAACAAACGAGGCUGAAGCCGUUGAAACAGCGAAAGAGUGGACGCGAUUAUAUGCAACUGGUGCUUGAGGAGGAGCUUCGUGAUUCCGUAAUAACAAUAUGUGUAACUCAUUGACUGUUGAAUGAAGAUGGAAAAGAUGGAAGAAUUAGCUAUGAUAAAAAAUCGAAAUUUGAUGAUCUACUCUAUGAUUGUUCUUUGUUAAAAUGGGUAUUCGAAAUUGUAUAAUGAGAUCAUACACUCCUGUUACUUCUCUUUGAUCUGUUGUGUUGAUCUUCUCCGUUAAGAAGACAAUUAAAUUAAGAGGGCGUUUUCGUUUGGAAUAGAGCCUAAAACAUCUGAUUCUACUCUCAUUCCGCCCCUUUUUGGGUUUUUAAAUCUUAUGUUCAUUGGAAAACAAGUACUAUUUUGUUUG